AUGUCUCCGAAAAACGAGCAGCUUCUCAUCGUGUUGUCGAUCCUGCAAGGUCGUGACUUCCCCAAAUGCUCACAGCUCAGCCUGGAGGUUCAGGCCAGCCUGGACGGCGAGAAGCUGACCACGGACCCGGUGGAGCACCUGGACCAGCCUCAGUUCAGCACGGAGCUGGCCUGGGAGCUGGACCGCAAGAUGCUGCAGCAACACAGAUUGCGGAGGACUACCAUCAAGCUUCAGUGUGUGACGGUGGACUCCAGCAGCGGCAGCAGGGAAAGUGUUGGCUACAUCAUCCUGGACCUCAAAUCUGUACAUGAAGUCCCUCAGGAGCCUCGCUGGUACCCCCUGCUGAGCAGCAAGUACACCAAGAAGAAGCCCUCGCUGCUCCUCAGCAUGGUGCUGGAGAACGACGGGAGGUCCACCCCCCCCUCUCCUCAUUCUUCUUCUGUUAAAGUUGGGCCACAGCGCCAAGACCAGCAUCUAGAGCGCCUGACGGACAAACUGGAGGCGGUCCUGGUGCCGGAGCAGGGCUACCAUCAGGUGGGCCCGGCUGACGUGGCCACCGACAUGUUCGUGCUGUCCGUCACGGUAGCCUUCGCCUGCAAGCUGGAACAGUUGAUCCCCAGCACCUUGAAGCUGUCCACCGAGGGCUCCAGCUUCUUCUUCUUCUACACUCUCCUGGGCAACGACAUCACCAGCGAGCCUUUCCAGAACCUUCUCGCCCCGGACUUCCAGCCCGAGCGCGCCUCCGUGCGCAUCCGCAGCAACGAGCACAUCCUGCGCCACUUCCUGUCCCGGCAGCCAUCUUUACAAAUCCACCUGUGCUGCGGGACGCACUCGCUGGGCAGCGGCAGCGUUCCCCUGGCGACGCUGUCCGCACUGGCGGUGGAUCUGGACAAGAGGGCGGCCACGGUGGAGGGCGUGUUCGCUCUGCAGCCGCCUGCUGCCACCCUCGGUCGGCCGCUGCCGCCUCAGCCCGCCGACCUGCAGCCCAACGUGAGCGUGGCCGUCACCUUGCGCCAGGAGAAUGUCACACCUGAGCUCCAGCCUUUCGCCAAUCAAGAAGGACAAAAGACAAGCUCCGCCCCUCCGCCGUCCCCUCCUGUCACAGUCCCUGCUGCUGAGGAACAACUGGCCGCUGGACACGGGGACAAGGAGGAGACGACAGCACGUCCAAGCCACGACAUGGACGCUCCAACUGAAGCAGUGGGCGGAGCUUCAUCGGACCUUGUCCCUGCUAGCAAAGUGUCCAUCCCCCCGUCUGCGCACCACUACUGCUUCUCUUUGGACCUGUGCAGCCUGGGCAGCCCGGGCCUCACGCACACCAUCGCCGCCACGCUCAGGUACUUGUAUCCCUUCUUUGGCAGCAAGUCUCCCGUCAUGACCAGCCCCCCCGUGGAGCUGCACAGGAACAUGGAGGUGUCUCUGCCGCAGUCCUACUGCGCCUUCAACUUUGCCACCUUACCGCCGCAGCUGCAGGACACUUUCCUCAGAGUGCCCCUGGUCUUGGAGCUUUGGCACAUGGAUGCUAGCAGCAGAGAGCAGCUGAUUGGCCGAGGUUCGCUGCAGUUGUCUCACCUGCUGGCCGCUGAGAGAAGUCCUUACCUGGCACCCACAGGAGAGACGGGCUGGCGUCAAACUCACCAGGACAGGAUCCCCUUCUUCAGUCCUCAGAGUGAGAAAGUGGCAGAGUUGAGCUACAUGGCCACGCUGGACGACUUUGGACUGCUUCACGUCAAAGAUAUACCUGCGCCACAGUCCACCCAGGUUGACGUCAAAGAGAUACCUGCGCCACAGUCCACCCAGACGGAACAUGCUGGUGCUUUGCAAACACCAGCCCCGCCCCUCGUGUCAGCCCCGCCUCCUGUGUCAGCCCUGCCUCCUGUGUCAGCCCCGCCUCCUGUGUCAGCCCCGCCUCCUGUGUCAGCCCCGCCGUGCCCACGGGACACGCAAGAGUACCACAAGGCUCUGGAGUUGGAACUGUGGAAGGAGAAGCAGGAGGAUGACUUCAAUGAUCAGCUGAGGAGGAAGGAGUUGGUGCACAUGCAGGCGCUGGCAGAAGAGUGGAUGCGGCGUGAUGGUGAGAGAGAGGCGUGUGCCAAGAAGAAGGAGAUGGAGUGUGACCGUUUGGAAGAAAAACUUCAGUCAACAUUAGUUGAUCUGGAAAAAAAAGACAAAGAACUCACUGAAGACAAACUCAAGACCCAAAGGAUGCAGCGAGACCUUCUGGCCGAGCACAAGCUGAGCCAGCAGGAGCUUGAAGAGAAGAGCAGGAGGUUGCAGCUGGAAUGCGACCACCGGGUGGCGCUGGAGAAAGACAAAGUGCGACUGAUGGAGGACGAGCGAGCGCGGCUCCUCAAGCAGUUGUCAGACGCAGAGAACCGCAUCAGACUUCAGGAGAAAGAGUUCCAGAAGUACAAAGAACAACAAAAUGUCAGACCCGAAGUACGUCUGCAGUCUGAGAUCAACAUCCUGACUCUGGAGAAGGUGGAGUUGGAGAGGAAGUUGGAGUCCACCACCAAGUCCAAACUUCACUACAAGCAGCAGUGGGGCCGCGCCCUCAAAGAACUUGCACGUUUUAAAGAGCGGGAGCAGGAGAACGCCAUGACGCGUUUGCAGAAGCGGCAGGCGGAGCUGGACGGCAUGAGGCUGCGUUACCUAGCAACAGAGGAGAAGGAGGCGGUCCGACAGGACAGACAGGAACUUGGUGACAUCAGGAACCAAGUCAACAGGCUCAAGCAACAGGGGGACGGUUUAGACCCCGCCCCCUCCGUGACCGGCCCCGCCCCCAAGCUGAGCCAGAGCGCCGACGAGCACCUGAGCCGCCUGCUGGAGGAGCGAGACACGCUGCUGAGGACGGGCGUGUACACGCACGACGACCGCAUCAUCGCCCAGCUCAACCGCCAGAUCCAGGACGCCAUGAUGGACACCACCUGACGGCCAAUCAUGUUAGCACUUUAGCAACUAAACAACAACUUUCUUAGAUAUUUAUUUCUGUAUCCAGUCCCAAUAACAAUAAUCAUUCUUGUGGCUUUUCUAAUAAAAUGUCAGCUUUU